UUUUUUCCCAAAGAUAAAAAGUACCAGAUUUUAUUUGUUCUCCAAUUUAAAAGCCACUAACGCAAACAUUCCAAUGAAAAACCCUUCAAAUGCGAGGAAUUCAAAAUUACUAACGACCAUAAUUCAAAACAUCAAUAGGAUCGAAAAUAAUAUAAAUGCGAAAGUGGGUGUGGCAAAACUUAUUUUUAUAUGUGCAGUUUAAAGAAACAUGAAAAGGAAAUGCAUCAGAAAAAAGAAAAACCCAUAUUCACCACUGAAUCCUAUAAUCAAUAAAUUAAAAACCUCAAGGAUUUCUUCACAUGCAACCAUCCUCAAGUAAUACACAAAAAUCAUGUUGAUGUACUCUUCAAUGGAUGCCUGUACUAUUACAACGAAGAAAAUCAAAAAAUUGAAUAUCACGAGCUUGUUGAUGGUGGCAAACUAGAAUGCGACCCAGUCAAAGAUCAUUAGCAUUUCCAAAAGAAUCAACAAUUUGCAUAGAUCGAUUGUUCACAAUGUCCCCAAGAAGUCAAUUGCUGUUUAGCCACAAACCAAGGCAACAUCCAAGAAUCAGAAUAUCCCCAAUCCUAUGUCUUACAUUAUCAUGGCCCUAACUGCGGACACCCCAUAGUCUUGCACAACGGCCACGUCGAUUAUCUAGUCAAUGAGAUGCUUCAUUACCCUCAUGAUGGACAUUGCGAUAACCACGGAAUUCUGAAUAGAAUCACAGUAUAAUGA